ACACAUACACACCCCACCGUCUCGGCGCAGCUCUCCGGGCACCGAUGCGCUGCGACACGAACUGCUUCUGAUAGCGAAAAAAAAAAAAGAAAAAAAGAAAGGGAAAAAACAAACAACAACAACAAAGCCACACAUAAAAUCCGCUUAGAGAGAGUUCUUCCCGGACAUACACAGCUGAAGAAACGCUUUGGAAACGAAGACACCGACGUAGGUGAUCUUGCAGCAGAGAAGUGCAGCGUGUGAAGGAAAAGGAAGCCCGGAGGAAACUUCAUCGCUGAAACUUUGUGAUGUGAACACUGCGCGCCCGCGCGCGUGCGUGUUUAUUCCACGAGCGCAGCCGCCACGCCGUGCACAACUUUUUGAGAGGGAUCUCAGCCUGCGGGCUCCAGCUUGCGCACGCACACAUGGAUCUUAACGGGUGAAUGUACACGGACUGGUGUGUCUCCGCACGCGUCUACCUCCGACCGCCGUCUCGAGAGCCGCGCGGAGCGUCGACGCUCGCGCCAAGUGUACGUGCGGGUCACGCUCGAGCAGUAACGCAGCGUCGUGCAGUUGGACUCGUCAGUCCCGCAACGGCCGAUUUCCUCUCGCGUUCUCGUUAUCCACUGGAUUAUUGAAAAGUUGUUCUAAAGAUGGGAACGAACGGGGAUGGCUUUUAUUCUGAGUUUUAAAGGGAAGAUCUGAAGCACUGGGAGUUGGUGAACCGCGGUAAAGUUUUUGGAUUGUGUGUAUAGCGCGUCUACUAGUGUUAUAAGGACUACGAGUCGAGUGUUUUAUUUUUAAAAAAAAAAAAAAAAACCCACACACACCACCAGCAGCUGAGCUCAGUGGAUCGUACAAAACGCCACAUCUUGUGCGUCGAACUGUGCGUGUGUGAAGGGGGGGGGGGAGGUCGAGUGUUUACUUGCAAAAAUGCCACAACUUAACGGCGGCGGCGGAGAUGACCUGGGCGCCAACGACGAGAUGAUCUCCUUCAAGGACGAGGGCGAGCAGGAGGAGAAGAUCUCGGAAAACGUGUCGGCCGAGAGGGACCUGGACGAUGUGAAGUCAUCUCUGGUGAACGAGUCCGAGAACAACAGCAGCUCGUCGGACUCCGAGCAGGCUGAAAGGCGCCCUCAGCCCCGACCGGACUCUGAAAGUUUCGAGAAAACGAGAGAUUACUUCAGCGAAGCGUUACGAAGACAGCAAGAUGGAGGCUUUUUCAAGAGUCCGCAUUAUCCCGGCUACCCGUUCCUGAUGAUCCCGGAGCUCACGAGCCCGUACCUCUCCAACGGCUCCCUGUCCCCGAGCGCUCGCACCUACCUGCAGAUGAAAUGGCCCCUGCUCGAUGUUCCUGGGACAGCUGCACUCAAAGAUUCCCGGUCUCCCACCCCUGGACACCUAUCCAACAAGGUCCCGGUGGUGCAGCAUGCUCAUCACGUGCACCCGCUGACUCCACUCAUCACCUAUAGCAAUGAACAUUUUCCCCCUGGGACCCCACCGGCACACCUCUCACCUGAGAUCCUGGACCCAAAGACAGGUAUCCCACGGACUCCCCACCCCUCAGAGCUCUCACCCUACUAUCCUCUCUCGCCUGGGGCAGUUGGACAGAUUCCCCAUCCCCUGGGUUGGCUGGUCCCGCAACAGGGCCAGCCCAUGUACUCCAUACCCCCAGGUGGGUUCAGACACCCAUACCCAGCUCUUGCGAUGAAUGCGUCCAUGUCCAGCCUGGUGUCCAGCCGCUUCCCUCCACACAUGGUACCUCACCACCCCCAUGGUCUGCACCAGACAGGCAUCCCUCACCCUGCCAUCGUGUCGCCUGCAAUCAAGCAGGAGCCCAACUCGGACAGCGUGGGUUCAUCCGCGCACUCGAAGUCUCCUGGGCCUGUCAAGAAGGAGGAGGACAAGAAGCCACACAUCAAGAAGCCACUCAAUGCCUUCAUGCUCUACAUGAAGGAAAUGAGGGCCAAAGUGGUUGCUGAGUGCACACUGAAAGAAAGUGCUGCCAUCAACCAGAUCUUGGGCAGAAGGUGGCACUCUCUGUCACGAGAGGAGCAGGCCAAGUAUUACGAGCUGGCGAGGAAAGAGCGGCAAUUGCACUCUCAGCUCUAUCCAGGCUGGUCGGCUCGAGACAACUACGGGAAGAGGAAAAAGAGGAAGCGAGAAAAUAAACAAGACUCUGCACCAGAAGACUUCUCUUCGAGGAGCAAAAAGCAGUGUGUGCAAUACCUGCCAUCUGAGAAGAUGUGCGACAGCCCUGCCUCCUCCCACGGCAGCAUGCUGGACUCUCCAGCCACACCCUCCGCAGCACUGGCGUCUCCUGCCGCCCCUGCCGCCACUCACUCUGAGCAGGCCCAGCCGCUGUCCCUCACUACCAAGCCCGAGGGUCGGCCUCACCACCCUUUCCCUUUGCCGGGCAAACCCUCUGGGUCUUCGUCCUCUUCGUCCAGCUCCUCCACCUCCUCAUCUUCCUCAUCUUCCUCUUCCACACAGCCGAGCAUCUCUCUCUCCAUUGGUACCACAAGCAGCCAUUCAACACCUCUUCUUUCUCGUCCUAUCCCAUUUACCUCCCUGCAUCCCUCCAUGCUGUCCCCACCUACCUCUUUCCACCAGGCAGCCCUUAAUUCCCAUCAUGCUUUGUUUCAAUCACAACCCCUGUCCUUGGUUACCAAAUCAACUGACUAAAUCAAA